GUUCUCUACUUGGCGCUUGUUGUACACGCGGAGUUGGAUGUGUGCCUCGAGGAGUUGGGAUGCUUGAAGGGCACCACGAUGCCAGGAUAUAAAGGAGCUGCCUUUGAGGCCUUUUUGGGUAUUCCCUUUGCACAGCCUCCCAUCGGCGAAAUGCGAUUUAAGAAUCCUGUGGCUGCCACUGCCUGGCAAGGAACUCUGGAUGCCAGCAAAGCUCACAACAGUUGCCUGCAAAAAUGUUACUUCAUCUUGGGAAGACCCAUCUUCGGUGAAGAGGAUUGUCUUUACUUAAAUGUCUAUAGACCUGUUGUUCCUGCCGAUCAUAAUCCACUGCCUGUCAUGUUUUACAUACACUCGGGUGGCUUCUACUGUGGCUCCUCAGAUCCGCUUUCAGUUGGCCCCGAGUAUCUUAUGGAUACGCAGCAAGUUAUUCUGGUGACCAUCAACUAUCGUCUGGGUGCAUUCGGCUUUCUAGGCACAGGCGAUAGUCACAUGUCUGGCAACUUUGGCCUCAAGGACCAGCGCUUGGCUUUGCAGUGGGUGCAACAGAAUAUUGCCUCCUUUGGCGGCGAUCCGCAGCUGGUCACCAUCUUUGGCCAUAGCGCCGGCGGCAUAUCAGCCCACUAUCACAUGCUUAGCCCUAAUUCAAAAGGUCUCUUUCAUCGGGCCAUGUCCUUGAGCGGCACCGCUUUAACGAACAUAAUGCAUGUAAAGGAUCCGAUGAAUAGUGUGCGUAAGCUAGCGAAGAGUGCAGGAGUUGCACUGGCUGGCAGUCUGGACUCCAAAGAACUGGUUGAAUCACUGCGUGCCGUUGAUGCCAUGGACUUGCUGCUAGCUGGCGAUGCCAUGAAGGUUUGGGACAAUGUGCCGCUCAUUGACUAUGGAAUUGUUAUCGAACAGGAUGCAACACCCGAAUCCUUCUUUAACGAACCUUUGUCAGUGUCUCACCUCGCUGGCCGCAUACACGAAGUGCCCUGGCUACUGGGCAGCUCAUCUCGUGCCGGUGAAGGAUCCAUGUUUCUGUUGAACAUGCUCACCACUCCAGAACUGCUGAAAGUGUUCAAUUCGAGGUUCCUCGAGUUGAUGAGCGUAGCUCUUUAUUUACCAGAUGAAACAACUGAGGAAACUUUGUUAGCUCUGCUCAAGCUAUACGAUGUGGAGAAGUUGGAACUCAAUGAACAAACGAUGAUUCCACUCUCGAAUUUGUAUGGUGACUUUACCUUUCUGUAUCCACUCUAUGCGGCUGCUGAGAGCUAUGUAAAAUACGCCAAGGAACCGCUUUCCAUCUAUCGCUUCGAGUUUCAUAGCUUAAGUAAUAUUUCCUUCUCUCGCGCCUACAGCACGGAAAUUAUUCCCCGCGAGCUUGGACCAGUGCACAUGGAUGAUGCUUUGCAUACGAUACGCAUGCCAGGUUUAUUGCCCAACUAUCCCGAAGAUUCCGCUGACGAGUUGGCCAUUAAUCGACUGACAAUGCUGCUGGUAGAGUUCGCUAAAACUGGGGUAUUUUACAAUGCCACUGAUUUGCCGCCCUGCAAAGCUGAGGACUUUACAGCAGAUAAAAUUUGCAACUAUUUGCGUUUUGGCGACCAGAAUGGAGUUUAUCGAGAAUCAAUCGAGAGUUCAAUGGAUCUUCGUGGACUUUCGCUCUGGAAGCAAACAAAGCCAUCAGUCAUGAUUCAUACGGGGAAUGCUUUACUUUUGCCGCUGUCGCUGUCAAUGCUAAUGUCGUUGAUGAUGCUGCCAAUGCUGCUGACGCUAGUCUCUGCCUCGAACCUGGCCUCCAACGAGAAGUCUUUGGUUGUCUGUGGCAGCAACUUGGGUUGCUUAAUGGGCGUCCACAUGCCUAGUUAUCAGAGCAAACGCUUCGAGGCCUUCCUCGGCAUUCCUUACGCUCUGCCGCCCAUUGGAGAGCUGAGAUUCAGUAAUCCCAAAGUGAUGCCCAAGCUGCAGGGCAUUUACAAUGCUACUUCGGCUAAAGCGGACUGCAUACAAAAGAACUAUCUGAUGCCCACGCCGCUGAUUUAUGGAGAAGAGGAUUGUCUUUAUCUCAAUGUCUACAGACCAGAGAAUCGCCUGCAACAAAAUUUGCCUGUGAUGGUUUAUAUACAUGGCGGCGGUUUCUUUAGCGGCUCCGCAGGUCCUGCCAUCACAGGACCCGAGUACUUUAUGGACAAUGAAGAAGUGAUUUUGGUCACAAUGGCUUAUCGGUUGGGUGCUUUAGGCUUUUUGUCCACGGAAGAUGCAAUUAUACCAGGCAACUUUGGGCUCAAGGAUCAGCAGCUGGCCCUGCGCUGGGUGCAGCGCAACAUCAAAGCCUUUGGCGGCGAUCCAAGACGCGUGACCAUCUUCGGACAAAGUGCCGGCGGACUUUCCACUCACAUGCACAUGUUGAGCCCCAAGUCGAAAGGAUUGUUCCAGCACGUCAUCAGCAUGAGCGGGACAGCAAAUGUUCCCUUUGCCAUAGUUGAUAGCGCUCUGGAACAGGCGCGUCUUACAGCUGAGCUGUGUCAGGUAAAAGAUGCCCAACAGCUGAGCACGGCCAAGUUGGCCAGAGCUUUGCGUGCCGUCGAUGUCAACACGCUGUUGAAUGCGGGCGAUGGAUUAAAAUUCUGGGAUGUAGAUCACAUGACCAACUAUCGACCUGUAGUUGAACCCGGUCAUCCGGACGCUUUUCUCAGCAGGCAUCCCAAAGAUUUGCUGGCCGAAGGCAGCUACGAGGCUGUGCCUUGGCUGCUGGGCACAGUGCCUCAAGAAGGUGCAGUGCGUGUGGUCAACAUUAUGGAGAAUGUGACUUUGAGGGAGGAUUUCAACUCUCGUUUCGAUGAAUUGCUGCAGGAACUGAUGGAAUUUCCACCCGAUUUUAGCCAAGAGCAGCUUGAGAAGUCGAUGCAGCUAAUUCUAGAGGAAUACUUUCAGAACAAGCACGAGGUCAAUGAGAGCACAGUGCAGGGAUUCCUAGAUCUCAUCUCAGAUCGCGGCUUCAAGCAACCGCUGUACAAUGCGGUCUCAGAUUAUGUGCGCAGCGUCAACGUUAGCGAGCAUCCACUGUACAUGUACAGCUUCAACUAUCUGGGUCCCUAUAGCUAUGCUUCGAUCUACACAAGUGCGAAUGUGACAAAGAAAUACGGCGUUGUGCACUGCGAUGAUCUGAUUUAUCUGUUUCGCAGUCCGAUGCUCUUCCCCGACUUUGAACGCAACUCAACAGAAGCGAAAGUUGUGGCCUCAUUUGUGGACUACUUUGUGCACUUUGCCAAGACGGGUAAACCAAGGAAUGCAGAGACAUUGGCGCCUUGCUCGGAGACAGUGCUAAAGUCACGACCCAAUGGCAUUUGUGAUUAUCAGAGCUUUGAGAAUUCUGAUGAAGGUUUUGAGGUGAAUGUUUCCCAAGAGUUUCGCACCAGAAAUGCCAAAUUGUGGAGUCAUAUAUUAGGCGAAACAAAGGAUCCAAAAAAUGCUUAAUAAACGUACAAAUUCA